UGAACCUUCAAGACUCUUUCAUCAAGCACCACAUGUUAAUACAGGCAGAAAACAUGGAGCUGCUCUUUAUUCUGCUUCUCUUUACAAACCUUAGUGAGCUAAACCAACCUGAUGGUGUGUGUUUGUGUGGUUACUGCAGAGUUUAAGGAGUGUUUCUCUCUGUAUGACCGCCAGCGGAAGGGGAGGAUUGAAGCCCAGGAGUUGAUCAUAGUGAUGCGAUGCCUCGGGUCAAACCCCACCCCCUCCGAGGUCCAACGACACCUGCUCAGCCACGGCAUAGAUCGGGGCGGAGAGCUGGACUUCUCCACCUUCCUGAGCAUCAUGCACCGGCAGCUCCAGCAGGAGGCGCCGGAGGAGGAGAUCCUGGAGGCCAUGAGGAUGGCCGACAAGGAGCAGAAGGGCUUCAUCCUGGCCUCUGAGCUGAGAGCCAAGCUGACCGGACUGGGAGAGAAACUGACUGACAAAGAGGUGGACGAGCUGCUGAAGGAGGCGGGCGUUGGGGCUGACGGUCGGGUCAACUGCGAGCAGUUUGCUAAAGCAGUGACGCGCUCGUCUGCAAAGCGCUGACGCUGUGAGGACGCAGAGCUGCUGCUCAAGACUUUAGCUUUAUUAUGUCUCGAUGUUCUGUUAGUUUAAAGGAUAAGUGGUAUUUUUAAACCUUGG